AUAAAGAAGAAAAUGGCGGAUGACAUGUUUUUUGAGAGUUUGUUGCAGCAUAAAGUUCCACAGCAAGAGGAAUCUUUACCGCAGAUCAAGUAUUGUGGAUUUCAAGAAAACAAUUUGUUUGAAAUUUUGCUGCAGCGAACAGUUCCUCCACAAGAGAAACCUUUACCACAAAUAAAAUAUUGUGGUUUUGAAGACAAUAAUCUGGCUGGUGUUGUGAGACUUAGUAUGGAAGAUAACACUACAGUUACAGUUCAACCGCAAGUUACGAAGGGAGACCAAACACCUGAAACAUCAGAGGGACCAAGAAGAGAAGCAGAUUCACUGCUACAUUCAAAUGACUAAGUUGUCUCUCUCUUUUGACAGUGACACUUUCAUCAUGAACUUAAAUUAAUUACAAUACAGGUAUGUGCAGUGGGAAAGUUAGGUGAUCUUUGACUGAAACCACAGGAGUCAGAUAUUCUCAAAUACAUGCAGUUUUGACUAAAUUUGUGGCAUAUAGGAUAAUGUACCUGUCUUCUACAAGCAUAAACUAGGAUGAGAGACAUUGCAAUAUUGAAGAAAAAACCUGUGAUACUCACUGUUGUUAGAUGUCCUGGAAAAGAUCAUAUAUUUUUUCAAGCUGCACUUGACAGUUCUUUUAACAGAAAUUCCACAUGUUCUGUUCAGCUGGAUUUAUUAAUUAGUACAGUACUUAUACAAACUGUUUUACCUGAUAAAACAAUAACAACAAAAGAACUCAUGACGACAAAGGAGCAAAGUCAUGCCAUGGGCAUCAAUGUUUAGCCAAACAGUAAAAGAAUUUGCCAAAAUGUGGCAAACAGUUGAACCCAGCAGGUAUUCUACAACAGCAAAACAGUUCAAAGUGCUCUUAAAACCAUAGCAGACUGUACAAUAUGGUGAAAAAAGAAUGGGAUCCAGGCUGUAGCUUCUAAAUCUAAAUACAUGAACCUAGACUUGUGGUUGGAUCAACCUAACACUGAAGAAAUGCUCCUACUUGGGUUUCCUCGUAAAGAAUUGGUGCUUGAAGAUGGAACUGAGUUAUUAUUUGAGUGUUAAUCUAUUUAUUAAUUUAUUUGUUUCCAGGUGUUUUAAUUUGUUACAUGAUGUAUCUCUUUGUUACUUCACAUAUUAACAUAAUUAAUAAAAAAUAAAGCUCUGUAAGUCUCUGUAAGUUAGCUAGUGCCUUUAGUCUAUGAGUUGAUGCCCAAAUCUUAUCUGGCUGCACUUCCAUUAAGCAAAGUUUUUAUGGUUGAUUUUUGUAUAGCUGAUGGCAGCAAUUAAAAAAAAAUUAUUUUCAUAAAAAUAUAUUAAAAUUUAUUUCCAAAGAGAGCAACACUCUGCUAAAAAUCAAGAACUUUUUUCCUAACUGAGUAGUUAACCUGAGCUAGGCUACUACCAUCACAGUGGCUAUAAAAAGGUUUUCAUCACAAAGCCUCACACAUAUUACCUUAAAAUUAAUUUUAAAAAAUCCUGUCUGGGGUAGCGCUAACACUCGCCAAUUAAGCCUAAUG